GUGACAUAGAGGCAGGUCUCAACAUCGCAAUUUAGUUCAUUAAUACAUCUUGAUCAAUAUCCAUAUCCUUCUGAAAGAAUCAAUUUAGCUAAAAAAGAAAAAUGGAUUCCAAGUUUGCAGCCAAAUACGAUGAAUUCGAGCCACUUUGCAACUGGCAACGCGAGGAAGGCCGCGACACUCUUGUGCUUCAUCUCCCAGAAUUCAAGAAGGAGCAGCUGAAAGUGCAAAUUAGCAAUUUAAGAGUUCUGAAAAUAUCAGGGGAAAGGCCUCUGAGUGCAGAGAAACAGAGUCGAUUUUACAAGGAAGUAAAGGUGGCAAAGGAGUGCAAUGCAAAUGACAUCCGUGCAAAGUUUGUUAAUGGGCUUCUCUAUGUUGUAAUGCCCAAGACAAUACCUGUAGUCCAAGAGCAGGAAGAAGCUCCAUUGGGCCAUGAACAAGUCCAUGCUAAUAAACAGCCCAAUGGAGGAACUGGCCCAGAUGAUCACCAUCCAUCUGCUGAAGAAAAGAUAUUGCCAUCUCAACAAGGAUGUUGUAUUCCUUCUCCAAGUUAUUCUAGUAUGAGAACGAAGCUUGCAUUGGUGAUAACUGUGGCUUGUGCUGUGGGGGGUUAUUUGUUUUAUAGAUACAACAUUUUAAGUGACGGAGAGUUGGGGAAUGCUAUAUGAAUGUGUUCAAUUGGUAUCCAUAUUGAGGCGUCCUAAUUAAAUUUCGAGAGACGGAACUAAAUUCUCCGCACUGCUCGAUGUGGAAACUGGAAUGUUACAAUAUGAGUAUACAUUCAAGAUGAGCGUUCAUUUGAUUUGAUCCUUGUGGAGAGAGUGGAGUUAUGUCAUUGUUAAUAAGAUAAGCAUUUAUUCUCUUUCG